AGUCUGUGUGGCUUGGCCGGGGGACUGAACGGCCAACUUUCUAGUUGCGGCCACGUACGAGGACGGCCUGGGUCAGUUCUUGCGCAACACGUCCGAGAACUACGCUGUCCUGGCCGGCUCCUGCACUGCCUUCGGCCUUAGUUUGGUGCUGACCAUCGUCCUGUCGCUGGCCACUCACAAAAUCAAGUCUGCGUGGGACGAGAAGGUGGAGUGGCAAAAACUACGUGAUAUCGACAAUCCUCUGUACCCGUGGGCAGAGGUCUACCAAGAGGAUUUUCCCGAGCUGAAGAGCGGAAUGCUGCCCUCAUACCAGGACCUAGAUAAGGUGUUCCGCAAAGCCAAACUGAUCGCCUACAUCGGCGGCGUCAUCAGCAUCCUCCUCUUCAUCUGCGUGAUCCCGGGCGCCAUGGCCCUGCUGCACGUCAUGUCGGAGGCGCAGUUCCGCGGUUGGGUGAUGGCGCUGCAAAUCUGGUGCCUUCUCGCCACGGUCAUCGUCAUCGUCGUCGUGCCGUUGGAGGAGGUCACCCUCAUCGUGGCCCACAUGCGACGCAACACGUUCACAGAAAGCCGUGGCAGGAGCCCGUUGGCCGGACGACCUGGGCAACGGGGGCGCAGCACCUGGCGUGGGGUUCGAGCCGCAAGCUUCCAAGAUGGCUUCCAGUGCGCAGAGUUGCGUACCAAACGACGGCGUAGGGAACUUCCUUCUCUGGAAACCAGAGCACGUGCAUCAGUCGUUUGUGAGGCCGCGGUUGAGAGCAAAAGGGACGUCACGUGGAUUUCUGGUCAACGACCGAGGACAGGUGUUCAAGGACCUUCUGGCUUGCUGGGAUUUUCUCCAAGUCUCCGGCAAAAUAGAGCAUCUUUUAGAAAAGAUUCUUGAACGACAGCUGCUUCCCAGCAGACACACAAUAUUAUGGACAGCUACAGCUCAAGGGAGUAAAGUACCUCCCCCAGUCACCGUGGGCCGGGUACUCAAACCUGAUCACUGACUAGAAGAGGAUGGCAGCUGUGACGUGUGAGCAGACAUGGACAUUCACAGUGGACGAAUGGCAGCUGUGGCGAGUGCCUAAACCUGGCCAUUCACAGCGGAGAAUGAGAGUUUUGGUCAUUAUAAUAUGUUGAUCUCUCACAGUGGAGAAUGGCAGCUGUUGCGAGUACACAAACUCCUUGCUUCGUCGAAAUUGGAGCGAGUUCAGGAAUGCAAGGUCCUUAUAGAGUCAACUACAUAGAAGUCUCGGAGAUUAAACGGCAUAUUUUUCCUUUUUAUAGGAUAAAGUAAAUAUAAAGCAGUGCAUCAAGACAGAGCAAGCGAACGAACGAGAGAGAGAGAGAAAGAGAAUGAAUGAGAAAAACGUCUAUGGGUGUAUGCCGGCGUGAUAGACGUGCUCACACUGACCUACAGAUAUAGUGACACUUACAUUCUGCACGCACCAAAUAGACUUAUCUUGUAUGUAUUUCAAAAAAUGUGAACACAUUUAUCAGUUAAUAUUGGAUUUUCAGAGAUCUGAGUUUUAACAGUUAAUUUUUUAAACAAGUUUAAGACUAAUAGAAAUGUGGUUAUUAAGAUGAUUAAAAAAAUAAUAAAAUUGUUGGCUUCUGCUUCUGUACUUCAGUACCCAGCUGAUAGCAGUCUUCACAAAUCCUCUGUGCUGAAGCUGUCUAGCUUGAGUCUGUACAAUACUACACACACUCCAUCUGCACAACGAAAACAAAACAAAAAUGUAAAUUUACCAAAGAAAAAUUAAAUUAAAAAAUAUCAAGAAACUAACUUCCAAGAUUCGCACUU